AUGGACGAGAUGAACUUUCCGCCGAAGCAGAAGUUGCUCGAGGUACCGAACCGAAGUGCGAAGGAUGCUCGCUCAGCUAGCCCUGCUGACCGAGGCGUGGACAGUGAAGAUGUGGAUGACUUGCCUGAGAGCCUCAGUAGUCGAGCAUCCUCUGCAGAGCCCAGCAAGCAAGGAGCUAAGCAACAGCUUGCUGAGCUUCUUGACAUUUGGCGCAGCAAGCGCCACUCCACGGAGCCUUUGCAUGAGGAGGAGCGGCAACGCAUCGAAAGGGUCCUGUUUGAGACCAUGCCAGCGGACCGUGUGAGCAUUGUGGAGAUUCGUCGCGUUGUCAAGCCUUCACUCUUGCGAAGGUUCUGUGAGGAGGAGAGAGAUUCUCUCCUGAAGCAGGCCAACCAGCAGAAGACGCACAAGCAGUUCAUGCUCUUGCAUGGCACUCGCUGGGACUAUGCUCCUUUGAUUCUGGAAAAUGGCCUAGACCCUUCUUGCGGACAUCUCACCAAGGGAACCUGGUUAGGAGGAAUAGCAGAAAAGGCACAUUCCUAUGCAGCGAAAGGGCCAGGUCCAGAGGUUGAGAGUGAGGGCCCAGGUAGCAAUUCCGGGAACCGCCUCUUCACUUUGUUUGUGGUAGCUGCCGUGCCAGAUAUCAGCGAUGGCGAUGACGAGAGAUCAUUCGGCGUGUGGCGGGUACAGUCGGGGCGCCGCUUGUAUACUGCCUACCAAGUGAUCUAUUCCGCUCCAAUGGACUUGCGCCGGAAAGCUCCUCUGAUCGUUCCGCGCUCCAACAAGGCAGUGCUCCUUCGCAAGCAGAGCUAUGACAAGAUUGAGACAGCUCCCAUGCUCUCCAGCCGGACGGGUCGAUGCCGGAGUGCCAGCCCCCCAAGGCGAACGACAUCGCCCGAGCUGCCCGUCGCACUUCCUUUGGAUCUGCCUGCGAAGCCUGUGCCCGCUCCCAUCAAGGAGCCUGACGCUGCUAGCAGUUGGCCUCUCGACGGCAUGCGCUUGGGCGGCUUCCGCGGUGCCUGCACUUCCCCGGCUCUCAAGGUACAUCAGCCCGGUGCGGAAGCCCCUGGUCGGUCCGUGUUCCGGCGGACUUCAGCUCCGAAGCUGCUUGAGGCGACUGGUCCAAACGUGAAGGGUGUCACGGAACAUCGGUCCACACCAAGCCCAGCUCCUCGAAGCCCAAGCGCCCAGUCUCCCAGUCCUAGGCCUUCUCGCACUUCUCCAGCCAUGAAAGUACGGCAGCCUGAGGAAAAGCCACCUCCAAGCCCACGCACCCUUAACCGACCAGUGGAUCUCGGCAGUCAGCCCGCGGCUAAAUGGGAGGUUCUCCUGGAUGAGGGCUGGGUCCCUUUCCGUCCAGGAAGUAAGUUCAAGGAUGAUGCGGGCACCAAGGUGAGUAUUUGCCACGGCCAAUUUUGGUACACACUAACUUUCGAUGCUAACGGCACCACUGGCAAGCAGGCAAACCAGCGUACCGGUAAAGUUCGUCAGCUUCGAAGGGUGGUGCAGCUCGAGACUGGAGCCAGCAUAUCAAAUGAACAGACUGCAAUCACCACUGAGCAGAAUGCCCCGGAGUCUGAGCAGAAGCCAGAGGUGGCUGGUGGCUGGUUUCCAAGCUUGCUGAACUCGCCCUCUCCCGGCUCUCCUGUUAAACAGGCGGUUUAG